GCAAGAUGACUACGUCAUUAGCGCUGCGCCCACGUUAAAUCUGCAUGCAGUGAAGUUGGCUAAAUCAGCGGGAUUUAUUUUGUGUAAAGUCAGACAUUUCUGAGUAGUUUACAGCUGCCGUUGAAAUGGCGGAGGCGAUACAAAGGAAACUGCAGUCUGAACUGGAGAAAUACCAACAGAUACAGAAAGAUGUUAGUAAAAGCAUGUCAGCUCGACAGAAACUUGAGGCUCAGCUGACGGAGAAUAACAUAGUCAAAGAGGAGCUGGACUUGUUGGAUAGCCAGAAUACAGUUUACAAACUCAUUGGACCAGUACUGGUGAAACAAGACCUUGAUGAAGCCAAGGCAACAGUGGCCAAAAGGCUGGAGUACAUCAAUGGUGAAAUUCAACGCUAUGAAACGUUACUGAAAGAGAUGGAGCGAAAGUCUGAGCAGCAUCGUGAAGUCCUGGCCAGCCUGCAGCAGGAGUACCAGCGUGCCCAGGGCCUCCCUGUUGGAAAAGCUUGACUGAAGAAUGGAUGAUGAUUACGCCCUUACAUUUAGACAUCCUUGGUCUCACCUACCCUUACAGACUGAUUAUUCAUGCUUAUUCAUCAUUCAACUACAGAGAAUGUUUUUUUUUGUUUGCCAAUGUUGUGAAUAAAUUUUGUUUACUUAA